AACGUCAAACAGCGCGUGUUUUGAUUUCUCGCGUGCAUGCUGAUCGGUGCCCGGUUUCCAGAAUCACGUCGUAAAAUUUCCGUUCAUUCCGACACGUUUUCGAUUAAAUUUCCUGCAAUAAAAUAGUGAAAGUGAUUAAGGUUGAUAGUUUAGGGUGAAUUGUUUCAAGUUUCGUCUAAAAACCGUUCAAAAUGCAACAGGACGAGAUUGUCUGGAGCAUCAUCAGCCGGCAGUUUUGCUCGUACCAGGUGAAAACGCAAACGCAAAACUUUUGCCGCAACGAGUACAGCUUGACGGGUUUGUGCUCCCGGAAGGCCUGUCCGAUUGCCAACAGCAAGUAUGCCACGAUCCGGGAGGAGAACGGAAUCGCGUACCUGUACAUGAAGACGGCCGAACGGAACGCCUUCCCGUCCAAGCACUGGGAAAAGGUGAAGCUUUCGCGGAACUUUGAGAAGGCGAUUUAUCAAAUCAACGAAAAUCUGCUGUACUGGGACCGGUUCGUGCGGCUCAAGUGCAAGCAGCGGUUCACAAAGAUUACCCAGUAUCUGAUCCGGAUGCGAAAGUUGAAGCUCCGACGACAGAAGAUGCUGGUUCCGUUGGCCACGAAGAUUGAACGACGGGAGCGACGUCGCGAAGAGAAAGCACUGGUGGCGGCCAAGAUCGAUAACGCGAUCGAGAAGGAACUGAUGGAGCGGUUGAAGAAGGGCACGUACGAGGACAUUUACAACUUCCCCCAGACGGUAUUCAACAAGGCGCUGGAGGCGGAAGAAAUUGAAGACGAAGAGGACGAGGCGGAAAGUGAGACGGAGCAGGAGCUGGAGAAAGAGAUGGAAAUCGAUGACGAGGUGCAGCGCGAGUUGGACGCGGACGACGGGGAGGAGUUUGUGGAGGGAGAUUCUGAGGAUGAUGACGAUGACGAUGAGGAUGAUGAGGAUGGUUCGGAUGGGGAGAUGGACGAGGAUGAUGUGUCGGAUGCGGAAAGUGAUUCCGGUGUGAAGGAACGCGUCGAGGUGGACAGCGAUUUCGAGUCAUCCGACGAGGAUGAUAUUGAGGACAUCGCGCCCAAGGUCACACUUCCGAAGAAGGCCGCCGCCUCAAGGACACCGCGAAGCCAUCGAGAUCGAAACCACCCCACCUCGAGAAGUAUGAGCUCGACAUCACUCAUCUUAGUGCUGAUCAGAUGGUAG